AUGUUGCACAACACUGGGCCUUACGGGCCUAACGAGACGCCGGUAAAUAUGGGAGCACCCGUGAAUAUGACUCCAAUGAGUGGUCAUAUGAAUCUCGCUCAUAACAUAAAUAAUUUAAGUAAAAUGUCUCACCACGCAGGCCAGGGGCCUAGCGGGCACUUCAAUCUACCAGAAUAUGCACAUUACAACCAAUCUACGCUUGGUAUGCCGCCCCAAAUGGGUCAGUUUCCCAACUACCAGCAAUUGGGGUUCCAGCAUUCAUAUAUGAAUCAAAGUGCGCCUUCUGUCAACGAUUUACCUUUUCCAAACGGUAUGUUUCCUAUGAACUUUAAUAUACAGAACGAGCAUAGUGCUAACAUGAUGAAUUACGCUUACGAGAAGCGAGCGAGUGAAACAAUGAGGCAGGACAGCUAUAAAGAACAUAAUAUGCGCAAAAUGCCCCUAAACAUACCUCAGAUACCAAAUAAAUCUUAUGCCAGGCACAGCAUCCCUGAUGAUGAUUACGGACUUCACAAUACUUACCAUGAUGUACACCACAACUUAGAUCUAAGCUUAAAAACACAAGAAAAAAUACAAUUGGAUAGUACGAGGAAGAAAAACAUAGAAAACACUGUUAGAUUAAUUGAAAACAUUCUUAUUAAUUCAUCGAAUAAACCCAAAGAAUUGCCGAGUCCUCCGAGCAGACCGACCAGCACUAGAAUGGAGUUACCGCAACAAACGGUAAUAGAGAAAGCACCAAAAAGUAAUAAACCUGCGACAGAAAUGCACAGCCACACGGCUUUACAAAAACAAGCAGAUCCGUUACAGGUGACACCUGCAGAUUUCUCUAAAACUAAACCAAAUAAAACUGUUGAAGUUCCGAUUGAAGUUAACGAUGACAGUCAAGAUAACGAAUUGUCUGAGAACGAACCACAAUCUGAUGAAGAGGACAUAAAACCCAUAGCUAUAACGCAACACUUCAUAACGGAAGAUGCGGAAGUGAAUACAGACAAUAGUAUCGUUAUUAAAGUUGAAAAAGAUAGUUGGGCGGACUCUGAGUGUUUUACUCCAUUCUUGAAGGAUGUGAAUGGCUUCCAGAAGGAUGAUAAUAUGAAUUACAGGAUUAUUGAAGCGGAAACUAGCGUUGCUGAGGCCAUUGCGGUUUAUAAGAAUGGCAUAAAACACGAAGGUGUGUUCGAGUGCCCGCAUUGCUCACUUCUCUUCAAACACCCGAAGCGCUUCAUAAUCCACCAUAACUGGCAUACGUUCGGACUAACAAAUAUAAGAAGAAUAGAAAUAGCCAAAGUGAAAGAACAAAGGAGGUUUGAGAGGAAAGAGGCUCGUGUUAUUGAGAGGAUGAACUCGAAAGAGGUUACGGAGGAAACCAGUGUUGAUGGCAAAGUGUUUCCUUGUAAGGAUUGUGAUAAGGUGUUCAGUGCCAAGGGGAGCUUGAAAAAUCAUCGGCAACGAACACAUCCUACCCGCAUAAGAGAGUGCAGAAUAUGCCACAAGCCCAUAUCAAGCUGGAUGGCACUCCGGGCACACAUGGUGACUCACUCCGCAGACUCCGGGCUUGGGUUCCAGUGUGCAGAGUGCCCCAAGAGGUUCAAGUACUCCCACUCUCUCGCCAAGCACUCUGAUACACAUUUGGAAAAGACUCACGCCUGCACGGAAUGUCCCAAAAAGUUCGGCUCCCAAGCGCUCCUGAAGAUGCACAUGAAGACUCACGAGCGAGUGCUGCGCGGAGCCACGUUCAGGUGUACUUACUGCGGCAAGGGAUUCUUCGAGUCUUAUAGUUUGCAGGUGCACGAGAGAACACAUAGGAACGAGCGCCCGUUCACAUGUGACAUAUGCAACACGAGCUUCGGAACUAAUUCCAGCCUGAAGAGACAUGUUAAAGUGUCUCACAACACAUCGAAGCCGUAUCAAUGUUCAGUAUGCCAUCGCAACUUCAUCACGGAGUCCAUCAGGGACCGGCAUGAGCAGCGUCUCCAUGGCAACCCUGAGGACUUCAAGUUUCCAUGCAAACUGUGCUCUUCCAAAUACCUGAAAAUGAAAGAUCUUCAGAAACACGUUUACAAGAUGCAUCCGAAGAGCAAACGAAAGAAAAAGGACGAUAAAGAAAGCGAUUCCGAAUAG